AAAGGUAUCUGAUAUUUUGAAAAACCGUUUAAAGUGCUUGGCCGUUUGUCCUUGCCUCGGUUGAAGGGAGGUAGAUGCCUAAAUAAAAAGAAGAAAGAAGUUUAAAGUUGCUGCAGGAGUAGUUUACAGUUUUCAACGUGCCGCUUCUCUCGCCUGUUUAAUCCAUAUUAACCUUUGCCAAAAGGCUAGAAGUGGCUAAAAAUUACAAGACAAGUGACGUUGAGGAGAAGAAAAACAGAUUCCUUCGUCUCCUUGGAGAGAAGAUAUACAGAAUAAAAGUCAAUUAACUGUGUAUUAGAAUGGAUAAGGAAAAUGAUAAAACGCAUCAUCAGUCGUCAGCUACGUAUGCAUUGAAAACUAUUAACAGUUUAAAAUGCUUGCACAUUUUCGAAACAGUUCCCACGAAUGUCGUUCAAUCGAGAAAUGUGGAAAGUACUAUUGAUGAUUAUGAUAAAAAUGCUUGUAAAGUUUACUCAACAAAUACCAAAAACGAAAAUGAAUGUAAAGAGACUGCAAAGAAAUCUCUAGAAUUAAUGCCACCACCUAAAUUACCAGUAGCAUGUAAAUCAAUAGAUUCUACUCAAGAUCAGCAAAAACCUAAUAAGGAAGAAGUAAGAGAUAACAAAAAUGGAAUGGAUCAAAAAGUUUCUGGUACUACAGAUACGAGUGUAAGUAAGGAGUCAAAGGAUCAAAGCCAAAAGAAAUGGGUACUGACAGAUUUUGAUAUUGGCCGACCCCUGGGUAAAGGAAAAUUUGGUAACGUAUAUCUGGCCAGAGAAAAAAGAUCCAAAUUUAUAAUAGCCAUGAAGGUGCUUUAUAGAACACAAGUAGAAGAUGCACAAAUUUUACAUCAAGUACGAAGAGAAAUAGAAAUCCAAACUCAUUUGAGACAUCCAAAUAUUUUGAGGAUGUAUGGAUAUUUUUAUGAUGACAAGCGAAUUUAUUUAAUAUUAGAGUAUGCACCAAAAGGAGAACUUUAUAAAGAAUUGCAUAAACAACCUGAUAAACGGUUUGAUGAAACAAGAACAGCCAAUUAUAUAGCUCAGUUAGCAGACGCGUUAAAAUAUUGUCACAGCAAGAGCGUCAUCCAUCGUGACAUUAAACCUGAGAAUUUAUUGCUUGGAAUGAAUGGAGAAUUAAAAAUAGCCGACUUUGGAUGGUCGGUACAUGCUCCUUCCUCUCGAAGAGACACUCUAUGCGGCACUUUGGAUUACCUGCCGCCUGAAAUGGUAUCUGGAAAAACGCAUAAUCAUACAGUCGAUUUUUGGAGUGUUGGAGUAUUGUGUUACGAAUGCUUAGUUGGCAAGCCUCCUUUCUAUGCAACAACCAACGAUGAAACUUAUAUAAAUAUAAGAAGAUUGCGAUACAAUUUUCCGAGUUUUGUUAGCGAAGGGGCAAGAGAUUUAAUUUCAAAGUUGAUAGUUAUCGAUCCUGAAAAGAGAUUGGAUAUGGACGGCGUUCUUGCACAUCCAUGGAUUGUAAACAAUUGCAAAAAAUAGAUAAGACAUAAAAUCUUUAAUCGUAAACCAUGUAAUUUUAUUCCUUAAAGACUUUCUCUCAAAUAUAUGUUGCAGUUGUGCAUGUAUAGUAUAGUCAAUAAAUUUAUUGUAAUUUUACACUCGAUAAUUAAAGAGAAAUGUGACAAUGUA